AUGUCUACGAUCACAUCCGUUUCGACGCACAACGCCCCCUCAGCCAUUGGGCCCUAUUCCCAAGCUAUCAAAGCUGGCGAAUUCGUGUUUGUGUCUGGUUGCAUCCCCCUCGUACCUUCCACGAUGCAGAUAGUCGAAGGCGGUAUUGAGGAACAGACCAAGCAGGCCCUCACAAAUCUCAAGGCUGUUCUUGAAGCCAGCUCUAGCUCAGUUGGCAAGGUCGUCAAGACUACGGUAUUCCUGAAAAAUAUGGAGGACUUUGCCACCGUCAACAAGAUUUACGAGGAGUUCUUUAGCGGUUUGGAACACAAGCCUGCACGUUCAGCCAUUGAAGUUGCUCGGCUUCCGAAAGAUGUUUUGUUUGAGAUCGAGUGCAUAGCAGUGGCAAAUAAGUGA